GGGACCUCGUCUUGGACGGCUCCAGCACGCUGACGCUGCUCACCCCCACCCUGCAGCACCUCACGCAGGUCUUUGAGCAGCAUCUGGGCUCCCGUAACCAGAACCGCGGCUUCGUGGCCCUGCCCUCGCACCCCGCCGAGACCGCCGCCAUCCUCCAGGCACAGUUCCUCUUCGACGUCCUGCAGAAGACUCACUCCUUGAAGCUUGUUCACGUUCCAAACUGUGUCUUGCAAUCUGCUGUGAAGAUCUUCCCUUUCAAGUCCCUCCGGCAUCUGGAAUUGAGGUCUGUCCCUCCACACUGCCUCCGGGGACUGCGAUUUGUCUAUUCUCAGCUGGAAUCUCUGACCUGUUGCAAAUGUGUCAAUACACUAGAGGAAAUCAUUUCAGCAUGUGGUGGAGAUCUGAGCUGUGCUCUCCCGUGGUUGGAAUUGCAGACUGUGAACUUCAGCUAUAACUCCAUCACUGCCUUGGAUGACUCACUGCAAUUACUGAAUGCUUUAAGAGUCUUGGAUUUGAGUCACAACAAGAUCCAGGACUGUGAGCACUAUUUAACGACCCUUACAGAGCUAGAGUACCUCAAUCUGGCUUAUAACUUCCUGUCCAAGGUGCCAAACCUUGGCAUCUUCAGCCGGUCCAAGCUGGUGACUCUGAUCCUGCGCAACAACGAGCUUGACAGCAUUAAUGGGGUUGAACUGCUUUUGAAUCUGCAGCAUCUGGAUGUGGCCUAUAACCUGCUGCUGGAACAUGAUCAGUUGGCACCAUUGUCCACUCUGCACUGUGUAAAAAAACUGCAUUUAGAGGGAAACCCAUUAUGGUUCCAUGAAAACCACCGAUCCGCAACCCUUGUACAUCUGUCUCCCAGGGCAGCCUCUUCCAGUUUCCUCUUGGAUGGGCAGCCACUCUCUUCCUCAGACCUAAUGCACCUCCCAACACUUGUGCAAAGUGUGUCACAAUCCAUCCACACUUCUACCUCAGACAAGACCGCACUGGACCGCAGUGCUCUCGACAGUUCCUGUGCUGCAGACUUCAGUGACAGUCAGUCCCCAGCAGAGAACGUGGCUGUCAGGCUCCCUCGGAAGAAAAGCAAGGGAAAAGUCAAAGUGCGCCGAGCGAGCAUUUCGGAGCCCAGUGACACAGAACAUGAGCCCCAGGCUUUAUCUCUCUCUGCUGGCCUGGUUUUACAGCAUCAGAAGGAGAUGAAGCGCUUGGACAGCUUCAGAGAUCGGUUUGGUGUUGACUGGCUGCAGUACAAGAGACACCUGGAGGAGCCUGACCAAGUACCUGUCAUCUGCCGUAGCCGUUCUGCAGAUGAGAUCACAGGCAGACCUGCUGCAACAGACUUGCAGAGUGAGAGCUCUGACCCAGAGCAAGAAAAACACCAAGUAUCCCAGGAAGAAUCUUCUCCUCCUUUGGAUGAUACUGAGAAGGAGGAAGAGCCUGAAGUACAGCUGGAUGAGCCUGUGGAAGGAGAACAGAGAGGGGAAGAGGAGGCAGAUGAGCUAAUGCUGGGAGAGGAAGAAGAGGAGAAACCAGAAG